AAAAGGGCAGUCAUAAUUGUCCACGAGACCUUUCCUUUCUCUCCCUGAAAACCCCAAAAGCAUUUCAAAAUUCAAAGCCGACUUGUUUGGGAUUUCUCUCUCUAUACUUCUGAUUUUUUUGUUCGGCCUCUGUAAAAGCUCAAACGAAGUUUCAAUGGCGAGUGACGAGCUCCCUCCUUACUCACAGAUGAUACUAGAAGCAAUCGAUACACUCAAGCAGCCAGAUGGAGUUCCUCAAUCAUCCAUAUCUGACUACAUCGAGUCCAAGUACGGCCAGAUAUUGCCCCCUGAGCAUGAAGACUCCCUUGCCACUCACUUGGCCCAGAUGAAAGACACUGGCAACCUUGUUCUUGCCAACAAUGGCGGCUACCUCAGGCCCACUGGACCUGAAUCUCAGUCGGCCCCUGCCAAACGUGGUCGUGGCCGCCCACCGAAGCCCAAAGAUCCUCUUGCCCCAGCAGCUGCUCCCCCGGCUAACCCACCCCGCCCUAGGGGGCGCCCACCUGGCAAGGCCCAUUCUGCAGAUGCAGAGCCUGCUGCCAAGAAGCCGAAGCCUGCAGCUAGCUCGACUGGGAGGCCAAGAGGGAGGCCGAGGAAGGUGAAGCCAGCUGAGGCUGUGGAGACUGGUAUUGAGGCUUGAGGUUGAGUGAAGUGUGACUGUUGGUGGUGGUGCUGUUUGUUGGUCUGUGACUGAUUUCUUCUCUUUAACUUGAAUUUAGGAAGUUUGUUGAUGUGAUUUCGGUAGGGUUAAUUUCUGUUUCGACUGUUCAGUGUUUGUUUCUGUUCUUCUGAGUGUUUUUCAGGAUGAAUGUAAAGUUGGGGAAGUACUGGAAGUAGGUGGUUGUGUUCAUGUGUUGAGUUACCUUUAAGGUUUAACAAGAUUUAUCUGGAUCCUUUUGUCAGCUUCAAUUUGUGUUCUUUUCUUUGUAUGUUUCUAUUGUUUUGUGUGCA